AUGGAACAAAGAGCCAGUAUACCUCCAGGUCUGCCCCGCGAUCAUCCUAUCCAGAGCUACUGGCAAGAUCCACCCGAUGAGAUAGCAGAUUGUCGCACGACCGCCGAACUCCCCGAUGAGGUCGACAUAGCCAUCAUCGGCUCAGGAGUCAGCGGCGCCUCUAUUUCUUACAAUCUGCUUUCAUCGAAUCCAGCCCUCAAGGUUGUACUUCUGGAGGCACGUCAGGCUGCCAGUGGUGCCAGUGGUCGAAAUGGAGGUCACACUAAGACAGCUACCUAUCGAUCCUUCCUCGACAAUGUUCAAUCUGUGGGGGCAGAAGAUGCCAUGAAGAUCACCAACCUAGAAUACAACUGCAUGGUCUCGGUUCACAAAUUCGCCCGCGAGAACAACAUCGACUGCGAUUCUGUGAGGUGUCAAACCAUUGACGUCUUUUACGACGAGAAGCAAUUUGAAAAGGCUCGAGAAUCGGUCGUGCUAAUGGAGAAGUUGAUGGGCAAGGAAAAUGCUCCGAAGCACAUUUUCCACAACAGCCAGGAGACGGCAGAGAAAUUUCUGGCACCGAACAGUAUUGGAGGGCUUGAGUAUGAAUCAGGGAGUCUGAGUGCGUACAAGUUCACUAUCGGCGUACUAAAGCUCGCUCUGCAAAAGGGACUUAACCUUCAAUGCAACACUCCUGCAAAAAGCUUGUCCAAAUGUACUGCAGAUGGGAAGUGGACCAUCUCAACACCACGUGGCAAUAUCAAAGCCACAACACUCGUCCUAGCUACAAAUGGCUAUACUGCACACCUCUAUCCGCAACUCCAAGGUGUGAUCGUCCCUUUGCGGGGAGUCGUGACAGCUCAACGGCCUGGACAGAGCAUGCCUCAAAAGGGACUAGAAACUACCUACUCCUUUGUCUACGAUGAAGGCUUUGAAUACAUGAUCUCUCGCCCUGCCGGCUCCAAGUUUGAGGGUGACAUUGUGAUCGGAGGUGGUAUGCACGUUGCACAAGACGAGGGAACGUCCGAAUACGGGAAUACUGAUGAUACCACCUAUGACAAGAACAGCGCAGACUAUCUCUUGGAAUGUACAGAGCGAUACUUUGGCGCGAAGAAUUGGGGCAAAGACAACCCGGAAGGUCGAUGUCGACGAAUCUGGUCUGGCGUCAUGGGCUUCUCAUGCGACGGUUAUCCUUUUGUAGGACCUGUGCCCGGUGAGCAAGGGCUAUAUUUGGCUGCCUCGUUCCAGGGGCAUGGAAUGGUCUUGUGUUUUUUGUGCGCAAAAGCCGCUGCAAGCAUGAUUGAAGGGACAGAUGGCGAGGAGCUCAAGAGUUGGUUUCCCACAUGUUACAGAAUUACUCCGGAAAGGCUGAAGAAGAAAUUUGGCGGGCGCUAG